UUUGAUGUGACAUCGUCAAUACUCCGAAGACUCGACGUCGUCGAGAUCCUGACCAGCGCGCAAAUGGUGUGCUUGCACUGGUGUAAAGUCUGCAAGGACGCCUCCAUAUGGCGCACCCUCAACAUGGGCCACUACGUGGACUCAUGGAGGUACGUGCCCUGCGACCUCAGGAAGAUCUGCCGCCGCGCAGUCGAUCUCAGUUGCGGCCAGUUGGUGACUAGGAUCGAAGUCGGCAGCUUUUGUGACGACGAUCUCCUCAAGUACAUUACUGAACGUUGUCCCCAUUUGAAAUCACUGACAUUGAGAAGUGAGGUUAAAUGGGACUAUCUUUUCAAAGAAUGUAAUCUUUUCAAAGAGUGUAAUCUUUUGGCAGUUGCUAUUGCAGAGAACAUGCUUGGAUUACUCAGCCUCAUACUUGAUGGGAAUAGGCUGACUGAUGAUGGCGUGCGGGCCAUUCUUGACAACGGUUGUCCUCGCCUUCAAUCACUGGAAAUUCGGCAUUGUCACCAUGUCACUUUGAAAGGGGAUUUUGGAAAAAGAUGUUCUGAACGGAUCAAAGACUUACGGUUUCAUUAUUUCAGCCACCAAGAAUUUGAGAGAAUGCUGGAAGAUUGUGGAGGGGAAUGUGGCAGCGCAUCAGCUUGCUUGCAACGCUUGGAGGGUUGA